ACUAACAGACAGUGAAACUUAUUCUAUUGAAGUUGACUCUAGAUUCAAAAGACGGAACGUUAUAUUAGUAAAAUUUAUAGUUUUCUAGGAUGAUUUCCGCAGUACUAAGCUCAAAAUUCACUCGUGGAAAAUGUAUUGUCAAUCAUAUUAGGCAACCUUUAUUGAGAUUAACUUCUACUUUCGUACAAGACAAUACAAAAAUUCUUAAAGAUCUUGGGUUAGAGAAGGUGAACAAUGGUGUAUACAACGGAGAAUGGAUUGGAAAUGGUGAAAUAGUUAAAUCGAUUGAUCCUGCAACUGGCAAUGUCAUUGCUGAAGUAAAAACAGGCACACUAUCUGAAUUGGAGAGCUGUUUUGAAGCUGGAUCUGAAGCCUUCGAGAAAUGGAAAAAGUUACCAUCUCCGCAAAGAGGAGAAAUCGUUCGACAGAUAGGUCAAGAAUUGCGAAGGUUUAAAGAACCACUUGGCAAAUUAGUAUCGUUGGAGAUGGGAAAAAUUUUGGCCGAAGGAGUUGGUGAAGUGCAGGAAUUUAUAGAUAUUUGCGAUUAUGCUGUUGGUUUAUCUAGAAUGUUUGCCGGUCAAAUUUUACCAUCAGAAAGAAUGAAACAUACUAUAAUAGAAAAAUGGAAUCCAUUAGGAUUAGUCGGUGUAAUAUCAGCGUUUAAUUUCCCUUGCGCGGUAUUUGGAUGGAAUGCAGCUAUCGCUUUAGUUGUGGGUAAUUCGGUGCUUUGGAAAGGAGCUCCAAGUACUCCUUUAGUGUCUAUUGCAACCACCAAAAUUGUAACAGAUGUAUUGAAAAAAAAUAAUUUGCCUCCGAUAGUCACUCUAUGUCAAGGUGGCACGGAUAUUGGUAAGAAUAUGGUAACAGACCAUCGAGUAAAACUUCUAUCUUUUACUGGUAGUACCGCUGUCGGGCGUGAAGUAGGUGUUGAGGUCCAACGAAGGUUUGGUAAAUUUUUACUGGAACUUGGUGGUAAUAAUGCACUCAUUAUUAAUGAAGACUCUCCUGUUGAUAUCGCUCUCGAUGCGGCCUUUUUUGGAUGUAUCGGCACUGCCGGACAAAGAUGUACUAGCACACGUCGAUUGAUUAUUCAUGAAAAACUCUAUAGUGCAAUUGUUUCAAAACUAGUUGACCGUUAUAUAAAUAUACUUACGCGAGUCGGUCAUCCUUUACAUGAGUCUACUCUGUAUGGACCACUACAUAAUCAGGAAGCUGUAGAUAAUUACAAAAGGACUGUUGAUGAGGCUGUGAAAUUAGGAGGAAAGAUAGAAUGCGGUGGCAGACGUAUAGAUAGGCCAGGAUUCUUCGUAGAGCCAACCAUCAUAACCAAUCUACCCCAUGAUUCACCAAUCAUUUAUAAGGAAACCUUCGCUCCGAUAGUCUUUGUUUUGAAGAUGAAGAAUUUAGAUGAAGCAAUUGAAUGGAACAAUGAAGUUCAUCAUGGAUUAUCAUCUUCACUUUUCACGUCUAAUAUUGUUUCAGCUUUCCAGUGGAUUGGUGAAAGUGGAUCGGAUUGCGGCAUCGUUAACAUUAAUACAUCACCUUCUGGAGCGGAAAUCGGAGGAGCAUUUGGUGGGGAAAAGCAAACUGGCGGAGGACGUGAAUCGGGUUCAGAUUCCUGGAAACAAUACGUCCGACGAUCAACAAUUACUGUGAAUCAUUCAGCAGAUCUAUCUCUAGCCCAGGGUAUCAUAUUCAAAUGAAGUAGGUUAUUAUACAAUUUCAUUACAUAAUUGUAUACAUAAUCGUUGUUUAAUGUGUGUGUCUUUAUCAUAAGCAUGACCGCCGAGAGAAGAGGGGGGAAGGAAGGAUUCCCCCCGGGCCCGGACUUUUCCAGGCCGCCCGGAAAUUUGAAGAUUCAAAAUCGAAACAAAUUUGGCUAGUGAAUUAUUUUGUUAAAAUAAUGAAUUCAAAAAAUUCUUGAUUCGAUAAUAUUCCCAUGCUCACAAUGGUUUUCAAUUCUCAUGUUUAGGGGCCCGUAAUAUUGCAGUCCCCCCGGGCCCGAAUUUUCUCCCGGCGGCCCUGAUCUUAAGCUAUAAUGUAAGCCGAGCUUAAACAUUCCUGUUAUUUCAAAUAUAUAUAAUAGAAAUAUUGUGCAAAUUUCCCAAUGUAAACAAAAUUGUAAUAAAAACCUUAGCCACAGACUAACAGACAGGACACUCAAA